AUGCAAUCUCGGCCAGAGCCAUCCCUCUUAGAGGCAAUAUCUUCGCUAUCACAAGUGAAUGGCUCCCAGGGCCGUUUCAUAGCAACCAUUUCCCCCGACUGGUGCACCCAGCACUCUGUUCUGGGCGGAUACUUGACCGCUGUGAUACUUUCCGCCGCACAAAGGUAUAUCAACGCAGAACCUGAAGUCGGAAUCCACAAAGCAAAAUACCCCGACCCAGUCCAUGUAUUCACUCAGUUCUUGCGCAUGGUAACUCCAGGACAAGUGUCGAUUUCUUGCAGAACACUCCGUACUACUUCUCGAAUAUGCGUUGUCAAUGCAGAACUAGAGGUGCACCCAGACGAAAAAUAUGUCUCUGGCACAGUAUCGUCACAACAAUCACUAGCAUGUACUGCAAUUGUUACACUUUCCGACCUAGGUAAGGAGACCGGUCUUUCCCAGAGCACUGCGGGGUCAACUACGCAUCCGCUCCCCUGCCGACAAACAGAGUGCGUAACAAUCGAUGACCCCGUCGUUGAUGCAACUCCUGUAACUCGCAAGCUCCAAUGGGUUGCCCCCCGCUCGCCAGAUGGCUUGUGGGGUCACAGACUAGGCGGACACCAACGUGAAGUGUGGUUAUCGUUUCGAGACGGGUCGAAGAUUUCUGAUCUUCUUCAUUUGGCGUUGCUUGCGGACAUGCCCCUACAACCACCGGCGACUCACAUCGCGGACUUCUACAUGCGCUACGCACUCUCCACACUGUGUCUAUCAGUGGAGUUCAAAAAGCGGCCCGAACCGGAGACGGAAUGGGUCCUACUGAGAUCGAAUUCCCACAAGGUUGCUGAUGGGAGAUACGAUGUGAAUAUUGAAGUUUUUAAUGAGGAUGAGGAAGUACUUGCCUUGAGCAACCAUGUUGUGUAUGUAUCGGGGUUGGAGGGGAAGUCGGGGAAGAGAGCAAGAAUGUGA